CAAUCAAUAAUGUUAAAUCUAUAUAUCUGUUUGAUCUAUAAUGUUUGAAUGUUGGAUCAAUAUUUUUAUGACUAUAAAAAUUUAAAUACUUGUUAAUUAUUGAAAUAGUUAAAUUUAUUGAAUUGUUAUAUGCGGUAUUGUAAUUAAUGUAUAAUUUUUAAAACAAUACAAUGAGCGAAGGUCCUUUUGUGGCACAUUAUAAUUACGACCUAUCUCCAGAACUUAUUACUUGCUUGAAUGAUAAGCCUCCACUUGAAGAAACAUUUCAAUUAGAAUGGCCAGAACUCGGUAAACUAAUAUUUAAAAAACCGAAAUUGACAGUAGCUGAAAAUAGACAUUUAAAAGUGUUAGAAGAAACAAGACCUUAUGCCAAAUUGCCUGACAUUCCUAUUAUUAUAGAUGAUAUAAGUAAGCUACCAUUACAUAAACAACUUUUAUCUACAGUUAAAAACCUUAAUUCAUUUCAAUUAGAAAUUUUAUCUAUAUUAUGCCAAUACCAUGAUUUUAAUUAUUCUGAAAGAAAUUUCGAUAAUGAUGAAGAUCUAAGGUAUUGUUAUAGUAUACAUGCUAUUAAUCAUGUUAUUAAAAGUCGAGAAAUUGUUGCUAUCAAUAAUGAUAAAAAAGAUGAUUAUGAUAAUGAUGACGAAUUGCGUGAUCAAGGCUUAACUCGACCUAAGGUAUUGAUUUUAGUUCCUUUUAAAGAUUCUGCAUACCGUAUUAUAAAUAUGAUGAUAUCUAUUAUGUCACCUAAAGAAAAUUUUAAUGUUGUUCACAAAAACAGAUUUUUUGAAGAGUUUACUGGUGGUGAACUAGCAAUGCCAAAGAAAAAUCCAAAACCUGAAGAUUUCGAGAAAACAUUUGCUGGUAAUAUUGAUGAUGCUUUUAGAAUAGGCAUGGCUAUCACAAAAAGUAGUUUAAAACUGUAUGAAAAUUUUUACAAUUCUGACAUUAUAAUAGCUUCACCUCUAGGUUUACGUAUGAUUAUUGGAGCUGAAGGUGAGAAAACAAGGGAUUAUGAUUUUUUAUCAUCUAUUGAAAUGCUUAUAUUUGAUCAAUCUGAAAUAUUUUUGAUGCAAAAUUGGGAUCAUAUAUUGCAUAUAAUGAACCAUUUCCACCUUCAGCCAAAAGAAGCUCAUGGAACAGAUUUACAACGAGUUCGUAAUUGGUCCAUAAAUGGAUUAUCUAAAUAUUAUCGCCAAACAAUUAUGUUGUCAUCUUGUAGAUUACCUCAUUUAAUUGCAGUUUUUAAAAAUAGAUGCUCAAAUUAUGGAGGAUCUUUGAGUAUUAUAAAUUCUAUUUCAACAGGUAUCAUAAGUCAUGUAGUUGGUAAUUUAAAACAGUUUUAUCACAAACUUGAUGUGAAAACACCAACAGAAUCUAUUAGCCAAAGAUUUGAUUAUUUCAUUCAUAAAAUCCUAUCUCAUAUAAGAUCAUCUAAUGAAAAACAUGUGCUAGUGUAUGUUCCAUCUUAUUUUGAUUUUGUAUGCAUCAGAAAUUAUUUAAAAACAGAAGAUUACAGAUUUGUACAAAUUUGUGAAUAUACAAAGCCUGGAAAAGUAGCAAGGGCAAGAGAUUUAUUCUAUCAUGGUGAAUGUGAAAUUUUACUGUACUCUGAACGUUAUCAUUUUUAUAAUAGACCUAAAAUUCGUGGUAUAGAAACUAUUGUAUUUUAUCAGUUGCCAACUAUUGCAGGAUUUUACAGUGAACUUUGCAACUCAAUUAUUGAAAGUAACUGUGGAUCACGUAAUAUUACAGUUCUUUAUUCACAAUAUGAUGCAUGUAUGUUGACCUCAGUUGUUGGUACACAGAGGACCAAAUACAUGCUGUCAUCUGAUCAAAAAAUACACAUGUUUCACUCUGCUGCAUAAAACUACAAUCAUUAAUUUGUUGCAUAAAAUUUGAUAUUAAUAUUUUAAAUAUAAAACAUACUUUAAUAUACUUAGUAAAAAAAGUAAAUAUUUAAAAUAAAGCUUUUAAUUUACUGUAUUAUACAUUUAGCAUUCACUCAUUAUUAUUAAAAAAUAAUUGUAAUAUAUAAGGUUACAAUUAACAAAUUUCAGCACAUUUAUAUUAUUCCUAUUUUGUAUAUCAAUACCUUUAAAAUGUUAAAAAUCUUAUACAAAUUGCAGGUAUUAUUUGUUUUGUUUAUAAAAAGCUUUGAAUUCCAUAAGUUGUUU